AAAAGCAGCUAGCUUCCUCGGCUGUUUGUUUGUAGCGUCUCUUCUCCCCUCCCGUAGGCCGUAUUCGUGACAUAACUUACGUACUCCAGACUGCGUAGCCGGGCAUGGAUGGCGCGGGGAGAACCGUGCGGAACCCGGCGUACUCGCUUUUCCUGAAUACCAAACCUGGUCUUGGUUCGUAUUCUGAAAGGCGCUUUACGUCCGGAGUUGACACUUGCUGAGGAAACAUGGCGACGUGCUGUCAUGGAAGGGUGACUUCCCACUCACUGUUGUGGUUUUCACCUCCCCAGUGAGCGUGUUGCUGCCUCCUCAAAUACGACAUGACCACACAAGAGAUUUAACGGCAGAAACGGCAACAAACAUAGAGUCAAGUGAGGAGUGGAAUGGCCUGAGGGGGAUAACCCCGGUCCCACCUGCCCCCGCCAGGUCCAAUCUGCCUCCACUGACUGCUCGGCCGCUGCUAACCACCACGGUGAUGGGGGACGGACUGGAGCCAGGCAGCAGCCACAACCCUCCUUUCACCCAGCAGCCUCUCCCCUUGAUCCCUUUACCCCCUGAAAUAUCAGAUUCCUCUAGACCCAAGCGGCAGACCAACCAGCUCCAGUACCUGCUCAAAGUGGUGUUCAAGACCUUAUGGAAACACCAGUUCGCAUGGCCCUUUCAAGCUCCCGUUGAUGCCAUCAAACUCCAGUUACCUGACUACUAUAAGAUCAUCAAAACCCCCAUGGACAUGGGCACCAUAAAGAAGCGUCUGGAGAACCAUUUCUACAAAAAUGCCCAGGAGUGUAUUCACGACUUCAACACGAUGUUUACUAACUGCUACAUCUACAAUAAGCCUUCUGAUGACAUCGUAUUAAUGGCCAAAGCCUUGGAAAAGCUCUUUCUCCAGAAGAUCACGGAGAUGCCACAGGAGGAGACGGAGAUUGCUGUGAUCUCUAAGGGACGCCGCGGCAUCAAACGGGAGCCAGCUCUGAUCACCAUGUCCGAGUCAAGCCAAGAGUUAUCUCCCUCAAACACCACCCAUACACGAGUCUUUUCAACUCCUUCGACUCUGUCACAGACCCAUCACUCUCCAACCCCUCCUGUUCUGGCCCAGCCCCCACGCGUGCCUCCUACACCCACAGCUCACGCACCUCAUCUAGGACCCCCGUACCCUCUCUCAACAGCAGGCGCCAUGCCCCAGGGUACGACCUCUGUCCCCCCUCUGGCUAUCACGCACCCAGGCCUCCAUCCUGGCCAGAUGCUGCAGAGUCCUGCACUUAUUAAGCAAAGGAAGAGCCAGAAGAGGAAAGCAGAUACCACCACGCCCACAGCAAAUGACCAGCUCAGCGAAUCGUCGCCCAUCUCGGUGGAGAUUCGACCGCGCCGAGAGAACAGCCGCCCAUCAAAGCAGCCUAAGCGAGACCCGUUGCAGCCGGACUCCCAGCACCACCCAGGCGGCGGGUUGGAGACGGGAGGCAUGUUGACGCCCAAGCGGCAGGAUCAGUUACAUUCCUGUGCCCAGCUAGUCAAAGAGAUGCUGUCAAAGAAGCACUUUGCAUAUGCUUGGCCCUUCUACUUGCCCGUCGACUCAAAAGCUCUUGGCCUUCACGACUACCACGACAUCAUCAAGCACCCCAUGGACCUGAGCACCGUCAAGAAAAAACUGGACAACCGGCAGUACAGAGACCCUCAAGAGUUUGCAGCGGACGUGCGGGUGAUGUUCUCCAACUGUUACAAAUAUAAUCCACCAGGCCACGAUGUGGUGGCGAUGGCGCGCAAACUACAGGACGUCUUUGAGAUGCGUUUUGCCAAGAUGCCCGAUGAGCCGGAGGAGCCCGCCUCUGUUCCCACGCCGUCAUCUGCUCUCCACCCCGCCCCCUCCACUCGGCAGGUACCGCCACCUCCUAAUGUCUCGGAAGAUGACAGCUCCAGUUUGUCUGAAUCAGAGUCCUCAGUGGCAGACUCUGAUCAAGAGAGGCAGCAGCGACUCGCUGUGUUGCAGGAACAGCUCAAGGCUGUCCACGAGCAGUUGGCCGCACUCUCUCAGCCUCAGGUCUGCAAGCCCAAGAAGAAAGAGCGAGACAAAAAGGAGAAGAAGAAGGAAAAGCACAAGAAGAAGAUUGGAGCAGAGGAGCCCCCAGAGGCCGCCAUUCUUCAGAUUUCCAAGAAGAGCAAAAGCAACAAAGACCCGCUGGCUGCAAAAAAGGAGAGGAAAAGACCUGGUAAGAAAGAAGGCAUCAAAAACAGUCGUCCUGCCGUGCCCCCUCAAACUGGGCCCACCCCUCUCGUCCCCUCAGCCUCCCUUGAAGCGGACGAUGACAUGGUGUCAGCCAUCUCCUGCACCUCCUCAGAUUUAUUUGGGGGAGCGGCCGCUGUCGGGGGCAAGCCCAUGUCGUACGAAGAGAAGCGCCAGCUAAGCCUGGACAUCAACAAGUUGCCCGGUGACAAGCUGGGCCGCGUCGUGCACAUAAUUCAAACACGCGAGCCCUCCAUGAAGAAUUCCAACCCGGAUGAGAUCGAGAUCGACUUUGAGACGCUUAAGCCUUCCACGCUGCGAGAGCUGGAGAAGUACGUCUCCAGCUGCCUCAAGAGGAAGAAGAAGUCGUCAGUAGAAAAGCCUCUGGAAAUGACAAACGUCACCAAGUUAAAGACAGGAUCUUCAUCCUCAGGCACCAGUGACUCCUCUGAUAGUGACGACUCUGACAAUGGGCUGGUUCCCAAACAGCAGAAGACUCUGUCAAACAAGGACACCAAGAGGCCGCAACAGCAGUCUGUCGCCAGCACCGCCAGCCCCGUCGCUCCGCAGCAUCCAGUAGUCCAGACCAAACUGCCAUUUGUCCCUCCUUCCCAUGUUCCAGUCUCUGUCCCUGCUCUGGAGUCAUCACAGUUGCUGACCGCUGGAUUUGACCCUUUGGCCCACUUUAUGAACCCUCACAUGACACAGCCCAACACUGAGCCCAGUCCAGUCAUUACCACCCCUUGCCCCACCCUCACCUCUGGUCUCCUCAACGUAAACACACCUACUGCGCCGACACCCACUGAGCCGCACCCGUUUUUAAAUCAACAUCCCGUCAUACCUUCACCGGCCCUCCAUAACGCUCUCCCCCAGCAACCAGCAAGACCUAGCAACCAUGCCGCGCCACUUCCUCCUAAGAACUCUCAGCCACCGCCAUCCACGCUCCCCCCUCUGCCUGUGUCCUCACAUCAGCUUCAGAGCACUCUUCCUCUACCGCUUCUUCAGCCCGUUUCACGCCCCCGUGUACCUUCGCCUCCGUCGCAUGGCAUCUUGGGAACCCUCUCUGCUCAACCUCCGCAAGCCCUGCUGGAGGACGACGAAGAGCCGACACCCACCACCGACGACACGCCACACCUCAGCCAGGUCCAAAACUUCUUGCAGUCACUUCAACCGCGGUUAUCUGUGCAGAACCAACCGCUGCACACGCACUCGCCUGUACAAAGCGCUCCUCAUUUAGUGCCCUCGAUGCACACGCAAGCUGUAAUGUCGUCCGCCCCCGUGACGUUGCAGCGACACAGCUCUGGCCACAUUCACGCUCAGCAUUCCUUCCCGCAUGCUUUCGCCACAGCGGUGCAGCAACAGAAGGGGGCGACGCUCCAGCAGAAGCUGCAGCAGCUGCAACAACAUCAGCAGCAGCCCUCCCCACGCAUCAAAGGCGAGCCUUUCUCUACAGGUUGCCUGCGUGACAGCCCCUCGCCACUAAUGAUGCACUCUCCCCUGAUGCCUCACUUCCAAACAGGAUCUCCCUCACAGAUCAAGAAAAAUGAUCAGAGAUCUAACUUGGUGGGGGUCAGAGAGGAGAAACCCUCCCACUCACCAGUGCUGCCCCCAUCCCCGUUCAGCCCUGCCAUGCGUCUCGACACACAAAAACCUGAGAGUAAACACAAAUCAGAAGUAAAGUCAUCGGAUGGUUCUCGCUCGGUUUCUCGCCUUCCUGACACCCUGGUGCAGCCUUGCCCUCAGCAAGACACUAAAGUUAAACAAGAGUCCAAAACGUCCGGCGGCCCCAAGAGGACACCGGACGUGAAGUUAAAGAACAUGGGCUCUUGGGCGAGCUUGGCCCAGAGGUCGCAGUCCACGCCGGCAUCUGCAGUUCGCUCCUCCAGCGAUAGCUUCGAGCAGUUUAGACGUGCUGCCAGGGAGAAGGAGGAGCGGGAGAGACAGCUGAAGGCUCAGGCAGAGCAGGCCAGGAGGGAGCAGGAGAAGCUGCGCCGCGACGACGAAGACACUGUGGAGCACUCUCGCCGUACACAGGAUGACGGCCGCCGUCGCCAUGAACAGCUACAGCAACAGCAGCAACAGCAGCAAUCACCACUUGCGGCCACGCCUCCGGCUUCUACCCCGCCCACUCAGUCCCCACAAGCUCCACCCAUCCAGCCUCCGGCCCCACCUCCAACUUCCUCAGCUGCACAGAAUGCCCUCGACCAACAGAGGGAGAUGGCGCGCCGCCGUGAGCAGGAGCGUCGCAGGAGAGAGGCAACUGACACCAUUGACAUUAACUUCCAGAGCGACCUGAUGGCCAGUUUUGAAGAGAAUCUCUUUUAAGAGGUGAUGGAUGUGUAAGAAGGACCUUCACUCACACACAUCCACUAACAUCCAUAUAUGGACUACAUUGUUCCUGUCCUUUUUCUCACAGCUGGCUUGUGUCCGGUGAUGGGGUGGACGACAGAUUAUAUUGAAUAAGCGUCUUUUCCUCCGAGCGCAGAUACGUUUUGGUGUCUGACACGAUGUUUAUAGUUGUUGGACAACACGAAAAAAAAAAACAGAAAAAAAAAACAAGAGUUCGAUGUUAAUCUCAGAAAUGAAGAAGACAAGCAGAUGUUCCCUCUCAUCAAAUAGUGUUAUUCCCACAUGGAGUUUAGCUGCCCUCCACAUUGGCUUGUUUUCUCAGGACACACAACGGAACGAAACACUUUACAAAGACAUCUCUCCCUCCCCUCGUCUAACCCUCCUCCUUGCACGAGUUCACUUGAAACAAGACCGCGCUAUGGCGCUUAAAAAAAAGAAAAAGAAAAAAAAAAAGUCCACGAGUGUGUCCUUUCUGCCUUAGCGCUCUGGCCUGUACUCUCUAUGAUCACGCCCUACAAAUUAUACAUAUUAUAUAUAAAUAGAUACAUGAAUAUAUAUUCUAUACAAGGACAAGUCAAUGCUGAAGAGAGGAAUUUGGUUUGUGUGGCGGUCUGUGUCGAUCUCUCGGAGCAUUUGUUUUUUGUAGAAUUACUGUAAAAAAGAAAAAAAAGAAACAUUUUUUAUGAUUCUAUUGAGGAUUUUUUUUGUCUUUUUCCUCUUAUUUUCCCUUCAACUCUAUGCCAAAACUGGUUGCUAAAAGUCCAUUCACAUUUGUUUUUUAUUCGCUUUACAUGACAGGAUGUUUUUACUGCUAUUUAAUUCACCCUCCUCGUCCUCUUUUAAAUCAGCAUUCUGCUCGCUAUUACGGACGUCACAACUUUUCUAUCCGCACUUAUACUUUGCAUCACGUUGUACAUGUUUUAGGGCUUUUAGCCGCCUUCAUCUUUUUCUUAACACCUCCUGCAGAGUUUAUGUACAUUUGUCACACUUUCUUGUAGAUUUUUCUUUUGGUUGUGGGACAUUGGUCGUGACUUUUGCUCUGUGUACACUGGCCUACAGUUUUGUUUUUUUUAACGUCCCUUAGUUGACUUGACUUUCUCUUCUUACUCCUUUUUUUUUAAGUUUGUUUGGACUUCUUAUUUUGUUUCUUUUUCUUUCUUAGGCUCCUUCCUCCCCCCAAUUAAUUUUAUCCAGAACAACCUUGUUGGUAUGUUGACAAAUGAGGCAUUGAGGUCAAUAGAUUCAUCUUCAGAAUAUGGACAUGUUUUUUUUAAGAAAAGUAUUAAAAUAAUAUUUUAAAAAAAA